AUCCACCUCAGCCCCCUCAGUCCAAUCACCCAGCAGGUAGAUUCCCACCAGAUCCCAGAGAGCAGUUCUGAUAUUCUAACCAGAUCCCGUUCUAUCCGUCAGGUUAUGGUGUGGAUCCAUGGUGGUGGAUACGUAAUAGGAAGUGCAUCUCUCUAUGACGGAACAUCACUUGCAGCUUAUGAGGAUGUGGUGGUGGUGGCGAUCCAGUAUCGGCUGGGAAUUCUUGGGUUCCUCAGCACAGGGGAUGAGUAUCUGCCGGGAAACUGGGGCAUGUUGGAUCAAGUUGCAGCGUUGAAGUGGGUUCAGGAAAACAUUGAGAACUUCGGAGGUGACCCAGGCCUGGUGACCAUAUUUGGAGAAUCUGCCGGUGGAAUCAGUGUUUCAUUCCAUCUUGUUUCUCCUUUGUCCUCUGGUCUGUUUCACAGGGCAAUAUCAGAAAGCGGUACUGCUUUGAUCAAGUUUGGACCUCAUCAAGAUCCAAAAUUAACAGCUCUGAUUAUCGCCAACGUCAGCGGCUGUGACACUGAUGACUCCCGGGAAAUUGUUGAUUGUCUAAAGAAACUGUCUGAAGAGGAAUUGUCGAACAUUGCAAAACCUCCCCAAGCAAUUCUCUCUGUCGUGGUGGAUGGUGUCUUCUUGCACAGAGAGGUAGAACAACUGCUUGAGGCAAAAGAGGUCAGCUCGGUUCCAUACCUGUUGGGAGUCAACAAUCAAGAAUUUGGUUGGCUAGGAGCAAAGAUGUUGAACCCACCCGGUUGGGAGGAAGGAAUGGACCGGGAGACUGUGGAGUCUAUCCUUAGGAACAUGAGCCUGCUUAAUGAAGAUUUCCUGAAGCUGACCAUUGAUGAGUAUAUGGGUGAUGUACAAGACAAGACCAGGAUCCGAGAUUUGCACCUUGAGCUGAUGGGCGAUGUAAUUAUGUUGAUGCCCACUGUCCAAUUUGCCAGAUUUCACCGAGAUGCUGGCAAUGCAGUCUUCUUGUACGAGUUUCAGCACCGACCAAGUGUAUAUGGAAACAGCCGGCCUGACUUUGUCAAGUCUGACCACAGUGAUGAGCUCGGAUUUGUGUUUGGUGCUCCGUUUUGGAACAAUGAUAUUAAACUAUUAGGAAAUGCCACUGAAGAGGAGCUGGCUCUGAGCAGAACAGUGAUGUCUUACUGGGCUAACUUUGCAAGGAAAGGCGAUCCUAACGGGGAAGGGCUGGUAUUGUGGCCACGUUAUGAUCACGACGAAGGAUACAUGCAGCUGGACCUGAAGCAAGAGGCAGGGAGCAAGCUGAAGGAACACCGCGUGAAAUUCCACACCAAGCUGCAGAAGCAAAAAAGCAGAAAGAAGAGUGAGCAGGAUGUAAAAGCUGAUGGCCAACAGCGAUCAGAACUCUAACAAUCCGACAAUCAGCUGUUACCAUAAGCCAUAGGAGCAGAAACAGGCCACUCAGCCCUUCGCAUUUGCUCCACCAUUCAAUGAGAUCACAGCUGAUCUGAUAAUCCUCAACUCCACUUUCCUGCCCUUUCCCCAUGACCUUUGAUUACUUUCCUGAUUAAAAAUAUAUCUAUCUCAGCCUUGAUUAUACUUAAUGAGCCAGUCUCAACAGCUCUCUGUGGGAAAGAAUUCCACAGAUUCACUUCCCUCCGAGUGAAGAAAUUUCUCCUUAUCUCUGUCUUAAAUGAACAAUCCCCUUAUUCCGAGAUUUUACUCUGUCAUCCUAGACUCUCCCACAAGGGAAGGCACCCAGUCUGAAACUCCCCUGUCAAGUCUCUUAAGAAUCUUGUACAUUUCAAUGGGCUCACUUCUUAUUAUUCUAAAUUCCAAUGACUAAAGUCCCUCCAUACCCAGGAUCAGCUGAGUGAACCUUCCCUGGACUGCGUCCAAUGCCAGUCUAUCCUCCCAUAGUGAGGGGCACAAAACUGUUCACAGCUGUGGUCUGACUAGUGCCUUCUAUAGUUUUAACCAAAGCCUCCCUAUUUUUACAUUAUAAUCCCUUUGAAAUAACUGCCAACAUAAUUUGCCUUCCCAAUUACCCACUGAACUUGGUCACUACCUUUUUAUGAUUCAUGCAUAUUAACUCUCAAAUCCCUCUUGCUUUCUGCAGUCUAUCCCCAUUUAAACAAUAUUCAACUUCUCUAUAGGCUCAGUGGUUAGCACUGCUGCCUCACAGCGCCAGGGACCUGGGUUCAAUUCCACCUUCGGGCAACUGACUGUGUGGAGUUUGCACAUUCUCCCCAUGUCUGCGUGGAUGUACUGCAGGUGCUCUGGUUUCCUCACAGCUGAAAGCUGUAUGGUUUAGGUGGAUUGGCCAUGGUAAAUUGCCAGUAGUGUCCAGGGGUGUGUAAAUUAGGUGGAUUAGUCAUAGAAAAUGCAAAGUUACGGGGAAAGGGUAAGGGGUGAGUCUGGGUGAGAUGCUGUUCGGAGGGUUGGUGUGGACUUGUUGGGCCGAAUGGCCAGUUUCCACACUGUAGGGACUCUAUGAUUCUAUACUUCCCGCCAGAGUGCGUAACCUCUCAUUUCCCCACAUUAUAUUCAAUCUGCCAAGAUUUGCACACUCACUUAACCUGUCUCAAUCCCUCUGCAGGUUCUUGUGUCAACCUUUCCACUCCGCAGAUCCACUGUCAAGAUCACAGUAUCCUAACUCAUUCUUAAUUCCUUCCUUUUCUGUUUCUCCCUUUGAUAUUCACUUUUUCGAUUAUUGUUUUCCCUUCCCCUCACCUGACUCUGUAAAACCAGGGAAUGUAGGUAUUGUCCCAUAACAUAUGGAGCUGGAUCAAUGCAGCCCAUUGUAGUGGGAGCCAUGGCGACCAGGCCCACUUAAUCAUGGGAGAUGGCCCACAUCAGUCUCCAGGCAACAAAAUGUUCUCCCUUUGGUCACGGCUGAGGGUGGCCACUGGAUACGAGAUGUCAGUGACCCAACUGGAGCCCAUUAUCCCAGUGCCCACCGCAAUUCACUGUUGACUCACAAUGUCACAGGAAACUUUCUCACAGCCCCCAAGAGGCCACUGAACAAACGGGGCCUACCAGGGACUUCUUAUCAGGCACCCUGUGGGAAGGGGAAUGCUGCUGAAAAUCCUACUCUGCCGUUGCCUCUGAUUCUGUACCCCACCCCAUAACUCCUUCCCAACAGAUAACCCCCACCUGGUCUUGGGCUUGUUGAUGCCCUCAGGUGACCAAUUAAGGACAUUGUCCAGCCCCUGCAGGAGAGGGAGGUAGGCCUACGUGGAAUUGGAUAAAGAUUGGAGAACCACCUUUGAGGACCUCUUGAGCCCUCUGAGGUCUAACUCCAUCCUUGCAAGGUCACCUUCCAACCACUGCCUUCCCCUCCGACCCACCCCCCAUACCCUGUUCCUUGCAAAGUCAUUGCCAUGCCCCCUUCACUGAGGGGCUCAAUCCAGACAUACCUGAGCCCCUCAGCUUUGGGGAUUGCCUGUAGUCCCAGCAGUGACCACUGCUCCAGGCUGGUGCUGCUGGGACUGUAGAGCUGUCAAUCAGCCAGAGACUGUCCAAGGGGGCAAUUCUGUGCCACAAAAGGGAGUCUUUGGGAUUGAGGGAGCCUCUCCCUCCCCUUCACUCAGCCCCAGGUGACUGCAGCAUCCUGUAAAAACAGGCCAUAGAGAGAGAGACGAAUCAUUGUGACACCGUAGAAGGCAACUCAGCCCAUUGAGUCCAUGCUGGCUCUGACUUGAGUCAAGACGCUGGUUCUAAUGGCAGCAAUCCCUUCGUGUUUACUGAGCAAAGUGCAGCUCACUCCCUGUGACGUAGCAUUUCCCAAUCAGUUGGAGCGAUGAGUAAAUUACUGAACGAGCGAUCCAGUGAAAGCUACAUUGAAAUCACCAGUUUAAGAAAUUGAACUCAAUUGUGCACAAUUCUGGGAAAUAAAAGGCGGGUUUUAUCAAAA